AUGGGCUCUUUGCAGAAAUUAAAGUUUUUGAUAAAGUCGUUUAUCUUCGGCUCUUUAAUCUCCACCUGUGCCCUUUACGGCGUGGUGGCCUCUGUUUUCCUUCGACUCAUCGGUAAAGCAGAAUAUGCCCAGUACACGGUGGCCAAAGUUUUUUACUGGUUGUUCAGCCGUCUUAUGGGCAUCACCAUCACCGUCAAGAACGAACAUUUGUUGCAUCGCAAGCCAUCUGUGGUCAUUUCCAACCACCAGUCGGCUUUGGACAUUUUAGUGUUGGGCAAGAUCUUCCAGCCCGGCUACACUGUCACUGCCAAAAAGGCCUUGAAGUACUUUCCCUUUUUGGGCUGGUUUAUGCUUGCUUCUAAGACCUUCUUCUUGGACAGAGCCAAGGGCGAGAAGGCCAGAAAGGUGUUGGACAAUGCGCUUUUGAGCUUAAAGGAGAACGACAGAUCGCUUUUUAUGUUCCCUGAAGGCACCCGUUCUGCCACCAAGAAGUUGGACAUGCUUCCUUUCAAAAAGGGUGCUUUCCACCUCGCCAAGCAGGCCAAGAUCCCCGUCAUUCCAGUGGCUGUUCAGAACUACAGCACCUUGUUCCUGUCCAGAGACAAGAUCUUCAAGACUGGUGAAAUCGUUAUUGAGGUUAUGGAACCAGAGCCCACCGACCAAUUGGAGACCAAGGAGGACGUCGACGAGUUGGCUCUUCUGGUGAGAAACAAGAUGCUCAAGUCUAUUGAGCUGAUGGGCUAUGCAUCCGUACAGGGUCAGAAGACGACUCCACCCCCUCCUGUUGUUGAAUCUCAGGAUGCUGCCUCCGAGGAGAGUAUCGAGCUUGUCUCCGAGUCGACUCCAUUGAUCUCGACCGAUUAA